AUGGCACCAGCUGCUAUUACCAGAAAACCUAAAAAGAAGAAUAUUGUUGAGUUUAACGAGUUGGAUAAGGACGUCAGUAUAAAAGUCAAGGAAAUGACUGUUGUUGUUGAGCCUCAUGAAUUGAAUAAGAACGUUUAUGUCGAAGUUAAUCGAUUGGCUGAUGUUAUCGAGCCUAAUGAAUUAAACAAGGAUGUUUGUGUAGAAGAAGAAAUUAACCAAUUGACUGAUGCUAUUGAGCCUAAUGAAUUAAACAAGGAUGUUUGUGUAGAAGAAGAAAUUAAUCAAUUGACUGAUGCUAUUGAGCCUAAUGAAUUGAAUAAGGAUAUUUGCGUAGUAGAAGAAAUUAAUCAAUUGACUGAUGCUAUUGAGCCUAAUGAAUUGAAUAAGGAUAUUUGUGUAGAAAAAGUUGAUGAAUUGAUUGAUGCUGUUGAGCCUCAUGAACUGAAUAGUUAUUUAAGAGAUUUGGGCGAACAACAAGAAAAGAAGCUGGAAAUCGAAAUUGAGAAAAUUAUUGAAAAAUUGUUGAAUGCUAAAAAAAAAUUAAAAGAAGAAAUAAUGCGAAUUCAAGUCAUAUAA